AUGGACCACGAGCACCAACACCACCACCAGGAACCUUUCGAGGAUCAUCAUUCUGGAUGGCAUGGGGAUAACGGAUACAACCCACAUCACCAGUCUCCAGUUCAAGACUACAAUGGCUUCAACAAUUUUGCGCCGCUACCAAUGGAACCCAUCUACGGGACCGGCAUGCAUCCACCACACCAAACGCACCCGACACCGAGGACUACACAUCCACAGCUGCAGCCUUUGAUCAUGCCACAGAUGCCACAAUGGCCAAGUAUGCUCACCAGCCAAUCCACUUAUCAAGCUUCACUGUUUCCUUCAGCCCCACUACCGAUAACGCCGGCAUCAGCAACUCCAGUCUCAGCAAGCUCAACUCACUCCCGUACUUCAUCGACACCACGGAAAACUCUUACCGACUCGGACCGGAGACGUAUGUGCCAAUACCACGAGGAGAAUCCUACUGUCAAGCAAACGGAAAUUGGAGCAAUGUUCGGUGUAGAGCGAAGUACCGUCUCGAAGGUGUUGCGCCAGAAGGAGAAGUACCUGUACCAGGACGACGGCAGCCGAUCACCCAUAAAAAGAUCGAAAGGCAAAUUCCCAGAUAUCGAACGAGCCCUAUCCAACUGGGCAAGGAACCAUCAAAGACAAGGACUACCACUGUCAGAUGCCAUUAUUCGAGAGAAGGCCCGCUUCUUCGCUCAGACUGUUGGGAACUCCGAGAGUCAUCUCAAGGCGAAUAGUACGAGCUGGCUGGAAAAGUUCAAGCAAAAGAAUCAUCUCAUGGGAGCAAGGGGAAGAAAGGGCUCGUUAGCAGAAGAGUCGGAGGGAACUUCUAAUCCGCCAUCGAACGCGCACACGCCGGGGGCUAUCUCGCCUACCUCACCUGGCGGGGUAUCGCCUGCAACCACAACCAUGAAAGCCAAGAAGAGCCAGGAAAAUCUCAAGACAGAAAGCCCUGACACAUACGACUUCUCGAACCAUCGUCGACCGUUCCAUUCACAAAGCAGCACUUCCUUAUCAAGCGUAUUUACAGAUACAGCUACCAGCCCUACGUCGCUGUCGUCGCCAUUCUUCACACCCGAUUCAGCAUGUGGACCAAGCCCCUUCGUAGGCAACCGCCAGCCUGCUAGUGGGCAGCCAGGGAGCAACAACUUCCAGCGGCCCCGAAGCCAGACCUUUCCUAUGCUUGUAGGCGUUGAGCAAUAUAUGUCACCGCCGGGCUCAUCUGAUGCGCUGACUCCAAAAUACGUCAGCAGCGGUACCCUCGAUUCUCCUAUGACCGAGAUGCCUACCGCGCUUCCGGCUAUUGAUGAGGGAAUGUCGCUCUCACCAACUCAGGUUCCUAAUUCAAUGCAGCCCCCUCCAGUGCCUGGUGCCAGUCAAAUUGAUGACAAAGGGUCAUCCGCCGACUCAUCGCCUAUUACGCCAUCCCAAGAAGAAGCCGCUCGCGCAUUAGAGCUGGUUAUGAAUUUCUUCCAGUCACAGAACGCCGGUUUUGUCGUAGAGCCACAAGAGUAUGUUACCAUCGGCAAACUGAUGGAGAAGCUACGAAUCAAGCGCAGCUCCGAAAGCCUUCCUUCCGAGAUGCGACGUGUGUCAGAGCCCACCUUCGCUACGUCCAAACUCGAAAGCGUGGACGCAAUCCAUUAG